AUCAGUGAGGGACCUAUUUAAAUCAAAUUAUCUAGUCGGUCUGUCUAGUGAGAAACUGCCUUAGAGGGGAGGGAAUUCUUCUUUUUAUCUUUUUUAGUAUCAUAGGAUUUUUGUGUACCUUCUAGUACUGAAAUAAAAUUUAAAGACGUUAACAGAUUAAACGAAACAAUGUCUGUGUUCAAAAUAAGUGUCUGCAUUCUUCUGCAUCUGACUUUUGUAAACUGCCAAUUAGCUCUGACCACAAAAGUUGCAACGUGUACGGAUGGCGCUGUCCAGGCUGGAAACAGCUUCAUGCCCCACGAGACCUAUUGUGAGGCUUUCUACCACUGUAACUCCGGCCUUAACAUGUUUCAGAGAUCUUGUGCCUAUGGAACUUUAUAUCACCCAGACUUGUUUACUUGUGUGGCCCCGGGGCAGGCAGUCUGCAAUAACUGGGAGUGUAACUCUGGGAGAGUCGGUCGGAAUUAUCCUUCCCUUUGCUGUGACCAGUUCUACACAUGUACUGGGUCUGGCUUUGUAAAACAAAGCUGUCAGUCUGGCUACAAAUUUGAUCAGUUGAAAGGAGUAUGUGUACCAGGAAGCUGUAUCGACCAGCCCAACUGUGUACGAUUUGGAACCACCGAUGAUCCUUUAUAUAAGUGUUCUGACGUGCCAAACUCUAAUCCGUGUAAGUAUGACACAGUCUCUAAUGGAGUUGUCGCACGUGAUCGCCCAUGUCCACAUGGAACAGCUUUCAACGCCACGCUUUGUCAGUGCAGUAUCUUCGCGUCGUACUGUCCUAAUGGUGUCAAUUACCUGGACAAUAAGACCCCAGAUGUGUCCUGCCGUGCUUCAGUGACCUUAGAUUUCAACACUUAUCCUAUUGUUGCCUCCUCUGAGAAACUAGGACUAGCCAAGCUGGACUACUACUUCCAGACCGUUGGUGUCUCUGUCUUAGGGGGCAGGGGAAUCUUUAGCACCGAUCCUGUGACCCAAAAUCCCUCUUACCUAUAUAACUACUUCCUUAACGCCAAUCAGUUGAGAUCACCUUUCGCCUUGUCAGUGGUGUUCAGGUGGACCAAACCAUUGAAUGGACAAACCAUCACUUUACUGACCAACGACUUCUUCCCCAGAGUGUGUGUCCCAACAUUUGAGGUCACUGUGUCCUACAAUAAUGGCGUCUAUACCGUCAACUUGUAUACAGUAGCUGUUGAUGAGCUCACCAAAAAUAGAUUAGCAGGCAGUACUCAAGCCUCUAUAGCACUGGCGGUGGACAACUUUCUAGAAACUUUAGUUCUUUUUGAUGGGGCAUUGAGCGGUCAGUUGAUUGACCGUGGACCAAGUGGACUGAGUACAGCAGUGACCAACAAAGUGUUAAUACCAGCUACACAAAGGCUUGGUGAUUUUGUGGCGACUAACAAAUGUGGUUUGAUGUUGGGUAAAGGACUCAAUGGAGCCAUUGAAAAAUUUCAGAUUAGGGAAGGCUGUUUAGAUUUUUCUAAAGUCAGAGCAUAAAAGAAAUAUCCAAUGACCAAAGUUCAACCCAAAGCCGUAGAUCUCGACCAAAAAAAAACGAGUUCUACAAGUUCAUCCUUGUCAGUUUCUUUGUUUAAAUUCUUUCAAUAUCUAUGAACACAUACAUUCAUGUUUGUAUUUAAAAGAGUCAGAUAAAACAAUGUCCGACAAUGA